AGGGACGUGAGAGAGAGAAAUAGAAUUUUGUAAAGUGUUUUGUAAAUCUCGUACAAAUUCUAUAAAAGAGGCUCCAGUGGACGUAAGUAAUUUGCUGAACCACUUUAAAAUUGUCUCGUGUGAUUUUUGGAUAGGUCGGAGGCACAACAUUAGCGUGUAUGGGAUGAGGGUCAGGGUUGCCCUUGCUGAGAAGGGGAUCAAGUAUGAGUACAGGGAGGAAGACUUGAGGAACAAGAGCGAUCUGCUUCUCCAGAUGAAUCCGGUUCACAAGAAAAUCCCAGUUCUCAUCCACAAUGGGAAACCGAUAUGCGAGUCCUUAAUCAUUGUUCAAUAUAUCGACGGGGUCUGGAACGAUAAGUCUCCAUUGUUGCCCUUUGAUCCUUACAAGAGAGCUCAAGCUAGAUUCUGGGCUGAUUUUAUUGAUAAGAAGAUGUAUGAUACUGGGAGGAAACUCUGGAGUACAAAAGGAGAAGAGCACGAGACGACAAAGGAGGAGUUACUUGAAAUCUUUAAGACUUUGGAGGAAGAGCUUGGUGAGAAGCCUUACUUUGGGGGUGAAACAUUUGGGUUUAUGGAUGUUGCUUUUGUAACUUUCUACAGCUGUUUCUAUGCAUUUGAGACAUUUGGAGAAUUCAGCAUGGAGGCAGAGCACCCCAAGAUUAUUGCAUGGGCCAAGAGGUGCAUGCAAAAGGAGAGUGUCGCCAAGACUCUUCCUGACCAGCAGAAGGUCUACGAAUUUGCCCUGGGUAUGAGGAAGAGGUUUUUAGGAGAGUAACAGUUUGGUCCCAACAUUGAAGUGCUACCCGUAUGUAUUUGCAGUGUUUAGGAUGGUUUUUAUGUGUGUUUAUCAAAAGAGCAGUAUCUUUUAUCAUAAAUAAGAAAGACACUUCGUUGUGUCCUCUAUAUGUUAUUGAUGAAAUCGUUCUUUUUGUACCGUUUGCGCCGUGCACUAGUUUUGUUGUAUUCGGUGGAAUGAUUAUCUUGUCUUCUUUUUGAA